CUCGAACAAACAAACGUGAACUUGAAAAAAAAAAUCCGCUCCCCGAUUUUACUGUUCCCCUAGGAUUACUUUCAUUAUGAACGUUUUCAUAACCUCAUUCGCUAUCCUGGUAUUAGUUUUCCAAGUUACGAUGACCGAUGGUAAAUGUAACCCGCCACUUGUAGAUUCGUGUGCGGUUCGAGGACCUGAACCGUAUAUUUUCGCGACGGCAAGUUCAACGAUUCCAUGUAGCGCAAAGCCGGAAUCUAAAUGGUGUUGUCCUGCCAAAGUAUUUUUUCAUUCACCGAUUCCUCCGCUGCAAGAAGCAUUUGAUAAUGGUUGCAGGCCUCAAUAG